AUGUCAAAGGUGCAUUGUGCUACAAAACCUGAAGAAUUGGUCAGACUCUAUCCACACUACAAUGUUGUUGAUGCUGAAGAAUGCAAAUGCAUCAAGUUUGAGAGUGGACUUCGCCCAGAGAUCAAGCAGUUUAUUGGUUAUCAGGAGAUCCAUGAAUUUCCAGUUCUAUUUUACAAGUGUCAUAUUUAUGAUGAGGACAGUCAUGAAAGAUUUACUUAUUACCAAAGUUCCAGUGAUAAGAAGAAUGGUAACCAGAAUCACAGUAAACCUUAUAUUGUUCUAGAUGGUGUUAUCCAUUCUUUUAUAUCUGUUGAUUGUAUGAAAAUAUUAAAUCUUAUGGUAUCUUUUAUGAAUGGUAAUAUCGUUAUCGAUAUUCUAGCUAGGGAGUCGGUAAAUACUUCUAUGGUUUGUUUGCAAUGCCAUUUGACAAUUUACGGUAAGAACUUUGGUGUUAACUUAGUUUUCUUACCGCUAAGUCAUCUUGAUAUUAUUAUGGGAAUGAAUUGGUUACAAUUCAACCAUAUUCAUAUCAACUACUAUGAUAAGACUGUGUUGUUUCCUGAGUAUGUGGAAGAGGAAGUUUCCAAGUUCAUAUUUGUUAAUCAAUUGGAAGGACUAAUGAAAGAUGAAGCCCAAGUAUUCACGAUGGUGGCCUAUUUGAAGUUAGAGACUAAAGCAAUAAUUGAUGAGCUACCAGUAGUGUGUCAAUUUCCAGAUGUAUUUCCAGACGAUAUUAUUAAUCUUCCACCAAAAAGAGAAGUUGAAUUUAGUAUUGAGUGA